AUGGUAGAGAGCGCGGGGACUACUCAGUUACUUAUUGCUAAGCUGGAAUCUUUUACGGAGCUUGGCAAAUUAAAUGUGAGCAAAGUAUACGACUGGAUUAGGGCUAAGGCCCCGAUCAAACCGUGGGGUAAACUUCUUUGGGCGCCAUCUAUGACUCCAAAGCACUCGUUUAUCUUAUGGAUGGCAACCAUGGAUCGAUUGGCCACAAUGGACCGAGUGGAGAAACGAUCACGUGAAGCCGUCAACUCCAAAUGCAUAUGGUUGGGUAUCCGCCGAAGACCAACCACAUUGGAUGCCGCACUCAAAUGGCUCAAGAAGGACGUACGAGGGAAGUCGUACCGUAGCAAGACGCAGCGAUGUGCACUAGCAAGUCUCGUGUACCACAUUUGGGAGGCUCGGAAUAAGUGGAAAUUUGAGAAAAUUGGAACUAAUUCGAAGGACCUCACAAGGAAGAUUCAGCUACAUGUUUACUCAGCUAUGUUCGGCCAGCACCCGGAGCUAGCGAUUUCAAGGACGAACGGACAACCGGACAGCUUUAUGCACCCAUGA